AUCAAGAAUUUGUUUUUUAGAAGCUAGAAAAAUUAAAAGUAGUUUUAAAAAAAAAACAUUGUUAGAAUGUAAGGACAAUGGCUUCUUGUUCUUUUUUCAGGGAUACUCAAGUUUCUUUACUACAUUACUCUAAGUUUUUACAAGGAAAAAAUUAUUCAAAAAUAAAUAAAAUAAGAUAUAUUAGUGGUCAAUGUUUUCAUCACAUUUAUUUUCAAUUUCCUCCAUCUCAUUUGAGAUAUCAAAGCAGAAAUUUAAUAUUAGAUCGGAAAUUCAAUCAGAGUAGAUUUUUAUAUACCGGACAUGCAAAUUUUGUUGAAAAUGAAGGGCAAUACAAAGAAAAAGACUCAACGAAAAGUGAUACAGAAAUAAAAAAAAUUUCUAGAUAUCAAAAGUUUAAAAGUAUUGUGAAAUCAUUUGGACUUGGUUGUUCAGCUUUACUUACUGAUAUUAAAUUAGCUUUACAAAUUCGUCGCAAACUAGGACUUUACAAGUAUCAAGAAAAUUUAUCUGCUAUUUCACGAGAUGAGCUUUUACACAUGAGGCAAACAAGAAAAGAUGUUGCUAAGACAUUUCCAGUAGCUAUGCUUUUUAUGGUACCUUUCUUGGGUUAUGCGGCACCCAUCAUUGCAUACUUUUAUCCACGGCAACUUUUAUCGCAACAGUUUUGGCAUCCAGAUCAAAAAGAAGAAUUUCUACUUGAAGAAUAUGAGAAAAGAAGUCAGUACUAUAUACCACUUAUUCAAGAAGUGGGUGUUAUCAGUAAAGAAAUCAAUAAUAAGCAGCUACUUCAGUUCUGCUUAGAAGUUUUAGAUGGUAAACAUCCUGAAAAUAAAGAACUGCUACAGUUUCAUCGUGUUUUUUCUCAGCAUGAAGAGCUCUCGUUAAACAAAAUGACACGAUAUCACUUGGUGAAAUUAUGUCAGUGUUGGUUAAUACCUACUGGGUGGUUUUUGCCUCGUUGGUAUUUAGUUAAUUCAUUAAGAAAAAGAAUUUCUCACUUGCAUGAAGAUGAUACUUUGAUACUUCGGGAUGGUAUUGAUGAGCUUACACCAAGUUGUAUUGAGCAUGCAGUUCAUGUUAGAGGUCUGGAUGAACUUUCUUUAUGCAUUGAUGCCCAGCGUCUAUGGCUGACAGAUUGGAUUCAACUCUCAUCAAAUUUUGGAAAGAUAAAGACAAAGAGAAUUAUGAAAGAGUUUAUAGAUCGAAAAACUGUUGGUGUUGGUGACCAUGUGACAUUUCUUGCGCAUUGUGCUGUAUUUAAAGCAGCAAAUUUUGAAUCUGCCGUAAUGAAAAAACACAAUCUUAAAACUGCUGUAAUUAAAGAAGACAAGCUUGAACACAAGUUUGAUGAUGUAAUUACUGAUGUAAAUAAAAAAUUGUAAAACCUUUUUAUUAUUAUAAUAGAAACAAAAUCUU